AUGGAGAGGCGCGCGGGCCGGUGGGUGGAGUCCCGGCGGAGGGGGGCGGGGCGCCGCAAAGGACGCGCCUGGAGGCGGAGGGCGAGCCAAUGGGAGGCGGCGUCUCAUGGAGCCUAUUGCGAGCUGCGUCUCUGUCCGACGGGCGCGAGCGGCGGGCGGGCCUUCGGCUGCGCUUGGCUCCCUGAGGCGGCGGCGGGAGGGGGGGCGUCGGUGUCGAGGGGCUCCCCUCCCCCAGGUCGCGAGGUAGGCGUGAGGCGGAGGAAAGUGCUGUCCGGGGGGGGGGGGAGUAGAGGACUCGGUUAAGGAAGGCAAACUCGGAAGCUCUGGCGACCCUUCAGGAACGCCUUCUGAGCCCCAGCCCGUCGGUGUUUGUGCGAAGCCCGGCGGCCGGUGGAACCUCCACGCCCAGGGGCAGUCUACCUUUGGGAGAGCUGGGGCAGGCGGAGGCCAACCGCGAGAGGCGCUGGCGCCGACAGCCGCUUUCCGCCUCGAGGCAGCUUGAAAAGAAAAGAAAAAGUAAGAUACGCGGUAUUUGGAGGAUCGGUCGACCAGUCCCCCCAAGUCGUGUGGCUGCUUCUGCGGCCCCUGACUUCCGCUGGCGCUUCUCUCUAGUGGCGUGAUCUCUUCCCAGAGAGCUGACGAGUGCAAUGUGCGAACUAGAUGUUUUGAUAAAAUGCGGAGCCUUGGAAAUGAGCACGAGGAUGGCACCUGCAGCGAGAGGAAGGAUGGCUGUUGGGAAAAGAGUCGUGGGAAUAAUGUGGUGGAAGUUAGUUCCUCUAGCUUUUGUGUUGUUGAGUCGAGCUGAUUUUAAUAUGCGUCGAAAUUGUAUUUCUUCUUCUAUUCAUUUACACAGUUUAUUAUGUUUUGUUUACUUAAGAGAGCUGUGAUGUACGCGUUGGGGAAGAUUGCGUGUGUGGAAGAUUAAUGCCAAAUCAAUGAGUACAGAGAGAUCUUUCAAUGUUCCUGUUGACCAUGCUUAUCUGCAUGCUUACCAGAAGCUAGAUGUAGACUCCUGAUUUGAAACAAGACCUGCUGGUGAUGGUGACAUUUUCAUGCUUCUAGCUGGCAGCUUUGGGGAACCAAGUAAUGAAGCAGGUUUGAUCCAGCAAAGUUAUUACGGGGCUGUUGAGGAGGUACUUGUGAUGGAGGCGGCGAAAGGUUUAGAUUCAGGGUGAGGGGCAUCUGGAGGCCAGAGAGAGGCUAUGAGAAGAAAGAAGAAGAAAGCUUUGAAAAGGUGGUGGUGGAUUCACUAUUUAUGAAGGCUUGUAAGAAUCACUGGUGCAUAAUACAUAUUACAUAGGGUGCACUGCACAGAAUAUUAUGUAUGCCUCAGAGCACUUAUACAUAAUCUUAGUAAUACCAAUAAUACCAGUGCAAGAUAGCCUUAGACAAUGCAGAUGCCCCCCCUCCCCGUUUCUGCAUCCACAUUUGCAGUAUGAAGAUAAUACUGCACACUGUCUGGUGUGCUCAUGGUAGAGAUGAGAUCUUUCCUGAGGACUUCCUGACUCACCUUCUUAGCCAGUAUUCAACACCAGAUCACUAAGUGUCAUGGACAGGCUGGAAGCAGAGGAGCCUUGGGAGGCACCAGCUGGGGACACCCCCCCCCAUAAGACUCAGAGCCAGGGGACUGGAGGUGGGAUGACAAUGAGUGGUCAGAGGGAGAAGGGGGAGCAGACUGAGAAGAGGAGGUGUCAGAAGCUGAAGAGGCAACAAGGUUUAUUGAGCGGGGAGAGCCUGUGGCAGAGAGCAGUCCAGAAUCAGAUGCCGAAGCAGAGGCUGGAAGGGAGGGGGGGCAAGAAGCAGAGAUCAUGCAGGCUACUGAAGAAGCCAGGGGGUGUUUCCUCUCUUGAUGCAACCAGCUUCCCUCCCCGCUGGUCUCAGAUUGCUUUGGAAGGACCCAGGGAAGGAGGAGGCUUAGGCAACUGUGGGAAGGUGAGGACCUUCAGUUCUUGCAGCUGCCUCAUAAGGGACAAGAUCUGCCAGGACAACUUGCUGCGCUCACAAGCCUGGCCUCCCGAACUAAUUGUGUUUCCUUGAAUAACGAGUUGACUUCAUUGAUGCCCUGUGAUUUAUUGCUGACCUGCUCCUGACAUCUGCCCCUGACAGUGCUGCAGGCAGAGGGCGAUAGAUGAAAUGAAGAAAGUUUUGUUUUUUUAAAUAAAUUGUUGGUGUUCUUUACCUAAACAAGUUCACAAAGAAACUUAUAACAUGGUCUUAGCUAGUUUGUGCACUGUGGGAUGAUGCAGGAUAGAGAAGCUGACCUUGGCAGUUGGAGGCAAAGUAAAAGUCUGAGAGAGAGUGGGGGUUGGGAGCUUCUGGAUCCAGUGGACCAUCUAAUGUAAACUGCGGUUAUAUUGUCUGCAAACGAGUCUCUGUAGAUGGUUGGUUGAGAGGGAGAUUUGAAACCAGAGGAAGCCUGCCUUUGACUAUUUAUUGGUGCUCUGGAUUAAACCACAGAGCCUAGGACUUGCUGAUCAGAAGAUUGACGGUUCGAAUCCCUGCGACGGGGUGAGCUCCCGUUGCUCGGUCCCUGCUCCUGUCAACCUAGCAGUUCAAAAGCACGUCAAUGGAAGUAGAUAAAUAGGUACCACUCCGGCGGGAAGGUAAACAGGGUUUCUGUGCACUGCUCUGGUUCGCCAGAAGCGGCUUAGUCAUGCUGGCCACAUGACCCGGAAGCUGUAUGCCAGCUCCCUCGGCCAAUAAAGCGAGAUGAGCGCCGCAACCCCCGAGUCAGCCACGACUGGACCUAAUGGUCAGGGGUCCCUUUACCUUUAUAUACCACCCUUUGCCAUGCAGUCCCUGGGUGGGUUACAUGCAUAUAACAUCUUCCACCCCAAAGCCUUUGCUGAAGUGAGGCACACCUUUGGAGGGGAAGCGAUUCCACAAUCUGAGGACCACCACAGAAAAAGCCCUCCUGUGCAUUGUCGCUUCACAUGGUGGUGGAAAUUCCAGUGUAUUUCAACACAUAUUUGCUGCCCAAUAUGAGAGCACUGAUUACUUACAUUAGUGUUGAUAAACCAAUGAAUCAGGAAGCCCUUGAUUCAAAUCUGUCUUCUAGCAUGAACUUACUCAGUGAUCUAUAGCAAGCAAAUCUCUCAGACAACCUCAUUUUCCCAUCUGCAGUACAGAGAUAGUAGUGCUGACCUGCCUUACAGGGUUAUUGGAAUUGCAACAAGAUAAUGUGAAGACUUGAACAUUAUAAAAGCAUUAACUCAAUGCUAGUUAGCAUUAUGGAAAGAAGGCAAUUGCUGGGCUGCAUAGAGAUUUGUGCAGGGAGUUAGUGGACUGUUUCUGGGGGGCGGGGAGUUCUAGGAAGAUCAUAGGAUUUAUAAACGUGUUCAAACCAGUAUAGGUUGAAUUGUGCUGUGAAAGGGGUAAUACAGGAUGUUUCUACAAGCUGACAUAUUGUGGUUUUCGUUGGAAGAAAUGAUGUGUGCAGAUUGGAGGAACACUUGUGGGUCUUUCUAGGAUUGCUGUAUGUAUAUGAGAAGAAACUGAAGGGAUGUGAAAUGAAUUGAGAAACAUUACUGUGGGACAGGUAUUACCCAAGGAAAGGAGAUGGUAUGGUGGGCUGGACUCACUUGUCUUCUAUAUCAGGCCUUUAAGAUGGUAAUUUUUAUUGCUUAUGAAGGAGCUUGGCCAGCAUAGUGUGAUCUGAUUUGUAACUUGUGGAGGUGUUUAUAGCUUUUGGUAUCCUGGCAAGUGUUUUUCCACUUGGCCUUCUCCCUUGCCAAAUGCUUUGCUCAUGGGAUUAUAAUAUUUGCUGUGGUGUAAUUUUGUAUUCUUUGGUUAGCAUGGAAGAGCACAUCAGGUAAAAUCUUAGCUUUAAUUCUUAACUUGAAUGAAGUUGUUUUCAUUGCCAAAGUAUGAGCUAGCCAACUACCUGACUGCUUGGGUUUAUAUAAUGGGUUUAUCAUAAAAUAAUACAAGUGUUGUAAUAGGAAAACAUAGAAGGUAGUUUCUUAGUGUAUUGCAGGUUUGAAAGUUUAAUGGGAGCCUAAUAAAAAGAAGGGUCUAGGAUGUAAAGUCUCUUGCUUAUUAUUCAAAUGCCUUUCAUAGAUGCACAGUUCAACUAAUCAGGGUUCUGAACAGAGCACUGUUGCACAUAUUGUUGUGUUUGUUUCUCUAAGACUAAGCAAUAAGGUAACUGUGGAUGGAUUCCUGUUUGUUUUGUCGUGCUUGUUCUGUCCAUUCUUGUUCAGACUGAAAUCACUUCUUGUUUUAUACAUCUUCCCUUUCCCCCAAAGUAAAGAGAACUUGAUUUGCCCAUGGGCCACCGAUCUGAGUCAGCAAGGAUGGCAGCCUGGAUCUCAAUCUCCUUUUCUGUUUAACUAUUCUCCCAAGUGAUUAGUCCUGUAUUAUUUAGUCCAGCAGAUGUGCAGAUACUGAAUGUGGUCUGUUAACGUUAGUGCUUUGUAGCAAAAUCUUUCCCAUUCCUUCUAAUUGAGGUGAAGAAGUUCUGAAGUUCAGGCCUUACUUCAAAUGCAGCUGUGAUACUUUGUUAAAUGGAAGAUGCGUAUACUGUAUUUGUCUUGGAGUAGAAAUGAACACAUGGUGUAUCUCUCAGCACUGUACUAUUGUACUGGAUAGUGUGUGUUGGCUUUAAUAUUGGAGGCUUAGCUACAGGUUGCUGCACAAUUAUAAGACUGUGCAAAUGGCAGACAACAUAUAUUAAUGAUUAUUAUUCAUUAGAUUUAUAUCCAUCUCCAAUGGACACAAGGCAAUGUACACUAGCUCCCAAAAAACCUGAGAGGUGGGAUAGACUGAGAGACUGACCAGCCUAUGCCACCCAGUGGACUUCAUGACAGAUCUUUGCUCCAGUCCUAACACCCUGUAACCACAUACUUCCACACAAAAGGAUAAAUAAGAUAAAAUAUGCUGAACAAGAAGUGCUGUCAAAAUACAUGCCGAUUGCUUGCUUUUCGUUCCUUUGAGGAAAGGGUGGAGGCAACACUUAUCCUCAAGCUUUGCUCAGAAAUUGACACUGGGAUGCAAGAUUAGUACCUGAGACAACCCAGAGAGUUGGUAGAUUAUGUCAGAUUUGAACUGAGGUUUUUCAAACUCCAGGUUCAGGCAUUUUUAUCUGCUAGACAAUGCUGACUCUUACUGCCCAUAAUACUUGGUUUGGAGUAUAGGAUGCUGCACGGAAAUAAACUUGUUAGCUUUAAAGGAAAACCAUUUGCUUAUUUUUGCCCUUAAUAGAAUGCUUGUGCAUGUGUGCCUCUGAAACCUGGCUUCCAGUUCCCUUUAAAGUGAAACUCUUGGAAUUGAAAGAUAGGUUCCAAGAGAUAGAAGUUAAAAAAAUCAAUUCUGCAUUGUUCUGCACCCUUCCUCUGGCUUGGCAUUCCUUUCCAUUUACCUCAGAAAAUCUGGCCACACAUGCAGUGUUAGAAACUCAGAUAUAUAAGGUAAUUGACAAAUGGCACCUUAAACAUAGGUUAUGGUUACCACAACAGAAUGUCUAGGUGCCAUUUCCCCCAGGUUAGAUUUAUUAUUCUUGUUAUUAUUAUACAUUUUAUUUCUAUACUACUUUAUAUUUUAAAUGAAAAAAAUCAAAGUGGUUUACAACAUAUUAAAACAUCAAAUAAAGCAAUCCAGAAUAAAACAAAUUCAAGCUUCAAGGAAAAUAUUUCACAUCCUUCUCUAAGUGGCAUUUUGCCUCCUCCAUAUUUAUUUACCUAUUUAAUUUAGCUCAUAGCAUAGUAGAGGUACUCUAGGAAGCCAGUGUGGUGUAGUGGUUAGAGUAUUGGGCCAGGACCUGGAAGAUCAGGGUUCAAAUCCCCACUCAGUCAUGAAACUCACUGGGUGACCUUGGGCCAGUCACAGCCUCUUAACCUCCCUCAUAGGGUUGUUGUAGGGAUUAACUGAGUAGUGGGGUGAACCAUGUACUCGUUGGAUAAAAAGGUGGGAUAUAAAUGCAAUAAAUAAGCUCUUCUGCUUACCUACUUAAGAAACCUGGGGGGCCAGCCAGAUUGAGAUUUCAGCCAUCAGCCUGGCAUCCACAGAUCUCCAUGUGGUCACAAUUGGACCUGCCCCAGUUGUAAAGUGCACCUGGCUAAUUUCAGACACUGCACACAUGUACUUCUCAAGUUAACUUUGAGUUGGGGUCGUCCUCCCCAGCCUGUGUGUAUGUGUGUGUGAAAAAAUGUUAGGAUAAAACAUACCAAGUUCAGAUAAAGAAACCUAGAUUGCAGAACCAGUAUAAUUUGUAGAGAUAUAUUUAUUUUUAAUUACUAUAAUAGGAAUGCUCAAGGAGAGGAAAAGCAGCAUGUCCUUUGAUCAAGUAUGUGUCCUACAUGAACUUGAGAUGAACUCCUUAAACAACAUACACAUAGAUUUCAGUAACAGGGAUAUAAAUAUAUAUUCCAUAUAAUUUGUGAUGCUGAAGUGAAUCAACCUCCCCUUUUUCAGAAGCCAAAUAGUAGGUCUGAUUUUAUUAUAUUUAUUUUAUUUUAAAUACCAGGAUUAGAGAGGAACAGUUGGGUGGCGGGACAGAAUUCUGCUCUUCCUACUUGUUCUGCAUGAACAACCAGCAAGAAAUUGCAUUCCUAGACUGGAAUUUUACUCCUACAUAGUAUAACUGCUGGCUGGUAUUAUGAUCCUUUGGUCUCUGUUGAAAGAAAUGAGACCUCUGGUUUGACCAGAUGUUUGAGUUAAUGCUUGCUGCACCUACUUUGGUAUGAAAGAACACUUCAUUGUACAUGAAGCAGGAAAGUGUGUUUUCAUUUGGAAUCACUAGUGUUAGAUUUAGAGAUGGUAAAAUAUUUCCUAAUGUUGACCAUGUCAGUUGUUUGUGAAGAAAAGAAUGGUUCUUUCAGGAAUAGCUUCAACCCAGUGGAUUGAACUGACUGAUGCAUGAGGUCCAUUGUAGUUCUUGGAUGAGACUCCUAUAUAAUGCAUCCCUCCCUACCAACUAGAACAGUGAGAUGAUGAACUGAAUAACACUUGGCUCCUGUGCCCAUUUCUGCCUUAUGUGAUGAUUUAUAAUGUGCCUUCUUUCUCAUGUGCUGGUGGGUAACUUCACUAUCACCCAUGAAGUAUGGUGAGGCAGUUGCCUCAGGUUGGCAGGCUCCGGGCAACUGGGACGGGUGGUACCACCACUUACACCACCUUAUGAGACAUGGGUGGCACUGUGGUCUAAACCACUGAGCCUCUAGGGCUUGUUGAUCUGAAAGUUGGAGGUUUGAAUCCAUGUGGCAAUGGUGAGCUCCCGUUGCUCUGUCCCAGCUUCUGCCACCCUAGCAGUUCGAAAGCACACCGGUGCAAGUAGAUAAAUAGGUACUGCUGUGGCGGGAAGGUAAACAGUGUUUCCAUGCACUCUGGCUACUGCCAUGGUGUCCCAUUGUGCCAGAAGCGGUUUAGUCAUGCUGGCCACAUGACCCAGGAAGCUGUCUGUGGACAAAUGGCAGCUCCUUUGGCCUGAAGCAAGAUAAGUGCUGCACCGCAUAGUCACUUUUGACUGGACUAAACCAUCCAGUGGUCCUUUACUGCUGCUAGAGCAAUGCUGCCCCUCCCAGCUGCAGGGGCAUCAUUUUCAGUUUUGCCUGGAGUGGCAGAACACACUGGGCCAGCCCUGCUGUCACCUGUGCUUUAGAGCUGCUAGGAACUAUUGCAAACUGAGCUGGUUGUUUGGGUACUAGUAUAUGUGGAUUCUGGGAGAAUCAAACAAUUUGUGGAUACUCCACAUUAUCCUUUUGCUUAAGCUGCCUUUCCUCUACAAACUGACUGUAACCCCGUUUCUCUGGUUUAGACUUCAUGUAUUUGGAAGCUCUUCCUGAUACUAUCAAAAGGGAAGUGGUGUAGGGGUGUGAAUCAUUCACUAUAUAUAUUACAUUGUAUUACACACUCUCUCUAUGUUCCUGAGAGUAUGCGUUGCUGAAGACUACGUUUCCUGAAAGCGUUUUAGGUUUCCUUAAUGAGGUCUCUGUUUCCUCCCACCUAGGGACUUGGCAGAAUGCCACUGUGCCAUUGUGCAGUGAAGCACAGUGAAUCAGACAUGGAGGGGUGUCAUUUUUCACCUUCUGGAGGGCUGAGGGUAUAUCUUCACUGGAAGGGUGAGCAGGAGGAACAGUACCAGACUUAUAUGCAAGGGACUCCUUGUGCUGAAGAGAUCUGCAUCGAUAUUGCACAGAAGAUUGGUAAGUGGCCCAUAGGGCUUGUCUAGAGAAAUGUGGGAAACAUGUAGCCCUUCUUGGAGAAGUGCCUUAUCGCCCAUGUGGAUCAAUAUCUAUAGAAAACCAUUGGAAUAUGACAUCCAGAGGCUUGGGCUGCAGUGGAGCCUUGCAAUUGGAUUUGAAUGGAGUUGUACUCCCCCUGAAGGAGCAAGUUCACUGUCUGAGAGCCCUCCUGGACUCAACAUUUUACGUGGAGGUAUAUGUGGUGGCAGUGGUGGCUUCUACUAGCUUAGGGUUGUAGCUGGUGUACCAUUCCUAACUAGAGAAGGCAGACCUUGCCUUGGUGACAUCCAGUGACAUCCAGACAAGACUACUGUAAUGAUAUAUAGGCACUGCACUCUAUGUGGGGCUGCUUUUAAAGAUGGCUUGAUAAAAAAAUGCAGCCACUCGGAUGCCAGUAGGGGCAAGGCUGUGGGAACAUGUGACAUCAUUCUUGUACUGGAUGCACUGGUUGCUGGUGUAUUUCUGAGCCCAUUUAAGUGCUGCUGUUGAUCAUUGAAGCCCUAAAUGACCAAGUUGUUAGAGCAGCUUCCAUCACCUGUAUGAACUUUAUCAUUUAAUUGGCCUACUUCCCCAGUCAAUUGUGUAUAGGAUGCCUCUAUUUUAUUGACUGAUCCUUCUAAUCUUCUCAAUUUUCUAAUUCUUCUUCUAAAGUCUAUUGAUCUCUUAAGAGACUUUGUUUGCUCUGUCGUAACCUGCAUAAGAAUAUUCACAGUGAGCAGGGACCCUGAAGAUCUCAUUCUCUCCCCCCCUUCUCUUUCUUCUUUUCCUUUUCUUGUAAGCAGCAUUCUGAAUGUUGAAGUUUUUCUUGCUUCACUUUAUUAGAAUUUCUGUCUCUAAACAGCUUCUAUCCAUUCAGCAAUUUAACCAUGUUUUGGCAACAAUGUGAGAUAUGGCAAAUUCCAUCCUCAGGAAUACAGUGUUAGCUGGCAAAGUAGCUUUGAAUUACUUAAAACACUUUAGUCAAAGAGUAAGAAAAAAUAAAAAGCUUCACAUAUGUCCCUUGUCCAUUUAAAACUUUCUCAUUUCACACCAUAAAUCCAGCUUUUUGUCACUUUGAUGAUGGUGUGAACAGUAGCUUGCUUGCUUGCCUUCUUCUUAUUAUGGAAAGCAGUUCACUCACCAGGUGUUGGUUUUUGCUUUUUGCUAACAGACUCAGAAACUCUUUUAGGUUGUAAAUUAUCUCAUUCUGAAGGCAAUUAAGAAAGGGAGGUGGUCUUGGUGCCCAUAAUAGGACUCCAGUGUAGUUUGAGCAAGUUGACAAUUCUCAGCUUCCAGUCACUCAACUCACAGGGCAGGAGAUGAGCCCCUCAGCAGUCCCCCUGUCCCACGAGGAGCAAUCCCUUCUUUCCAGCUCCUUUUCAGAAGUGAAUAGGUGCAAGUAGAUAAAUAGGUACCACGCUGGCAGAAAGGUAAACGGUGUUUCCAUGCACUGCUCUGGUUCACCAGAAGCGGUUUAGUCAUGCUGGCCACAUGACCUGGAAACUGUACGCUGGCUUCCUCGACCAGUAAAGCGAGAUGAGCGCCGCAACCCCAGAGUCGUCCACGACAGGACCUAACGGUCAGGGUUCCCUUUACCUUUAACACCACGGAAACAAAUGCUAAUAUGCCCAGGAACAUCACCAAAAUGCUGGAGAGGAUGUACCUCCGCAGGCACAUACCUCCACAUGUGGUGGGAAUGUCCUAAAAUCCAACUCUUCUGGACGUCAGUCAUAUAAGAAAUAUGCAAAAUAAUUAAGCAAGUAUUAGAAGUCACCCCAGAACUGGGUCUACUAAACAUCUUCCAAGACAAUAAUGCCCACUCACAAAGAGCUCAUAACCCACCUACUCUCGGCAGCCAGAAACAUCAUAGCCAGACACUGGAGAGACCUGUCAGGAGUAAGCAUAGACCAAUGGUAUCAAAUAGUAUGGGAAACAGCCUUAUUAGAAAAAUUAACCAACAAACUGAAACUAACACGGGGACAAAUAGAAGAAGACGCCUUCACCCCGAUAUGGUUACCCUUUAUCACAUACACAGCUCAACAAGAACCCGCCAACAGCAUUUGAAUCAAUCUGGCUAACCUGAUCCAAAAACACACACACACAUCCCACUCAAACAUGAAAAAUAGGUUCACCACAGCCAAACACAAACAACCACACCCUAGGCCAACUCCAACCUCUCUCACCACCAAAGGAAUACAAGUGAAUAGUAAAGAGAACCCAGAUAAGUGACGCUGACACAAAACCCCACAUAUACAGUAAGUAGAAUAGAAGCAUUGCCACCUGACCCCACCCCACUCACCAUUCCCCUUCCCCCUCUUUCCCCCUUUUCUUCCUAAUGUAACACUAAUGUCUCAACAAAUGAAACUGAUCUGUAGAAAAUGUAACUUGAAGAAAGAGACAUUGCACAUAAACCAAUAAAUCUUUAAUAAAAAUAUAUUAAAAAUGAAAAGAAAAGAAGUGAAGCUGGCAGCCAGACUUGUGUCUAGCUAUCAGCAAACAUCACACUGUUAUCACCAUUGGUAAAAAACUGACAAAAUACCUUCAGUCUGCUGUGAUCCCUCCCCUGGAAGUCCCCAGGAUAAAAGGAUCUCUAAUAAAAGGACUAGAAAAGUAUUUUGCAGGGGGAUGAGUGGUUUGCUUGAUUUCCUGCAGCUCCUUAUCACAUACAGUUGUAUAAAUCUGCAGUUACAUAAAAGAAGUGUGGUAGAUGACACUGGACUGCAAAUUGCUUUACUGUUGAAGCUGUUCAGCUAGGCUUAAAGCCUUGAGAAUUCUGCCUAUUUUUUUUAGCUUGGCAGGGCCUUAACGCUUGGAUCCAAACCUAGGAGUACCUUCACAUUCUAUACAUUUUGGGGUAGACUUGUGGCAUGAUUUGACUUUAUAGAACAGUGGGAUUUUAUGAGCUUUGUUGCCCUUUUUAUAUUUGUGAAUGUAUUUGAGCUGAAGCCUAGUCCACACAUUCAGUGGAACUUCACCUGGAAGGAAGAUCCUGAGAUCCUAAAACCUGGUCCAUUGGUCACCAGCUGUCAGGGACUAGAAGAGACCACCCCUGCAACCAUGCCAGCAUAUACCUAAUUACAUUAUACCAUUGUGUAGAUAGUAGACCACUUUGGGACCCAACCUUAGCUGGAAAACAGGUUAUAGAUAAAUGUUUUGAGGUAGAAUAGACUGUACCACUUCAGACUGCAGGCAAAGUAGCACAUUUCUAAUGCUCUCUGCAGAUAGCCUGCUCCCCAUAGUGCUAGUUUUCUAAACUGAAAUCUUUCUUGCUGGUGUGCUAGUUCUUAAUGCUGGGAGCUUUUUAAAUUGUCCUCAUGAUUUUUUUAAAAAGGCACCUCUCACCUGCACAUGUAGACCAUGGGCCCCAGGAGCAGAGGAGUAAAAUUUUAUGUGCCGCUGACUUCUGUUCUGCCCAGCACAGCAGCUGAUGCAGUUCCAUAUACAGUACUUUAAGUCAGGUUGGAGUGAUGUGUGUGUGUGCCUAAAACCUCUUCAGUGGAAGUUCAGAGCAGGAGGUCCUUUCUCUAAAAAGAAAAAAAGCAUUUGUGUAUGCACCCUAAUCCUGGGGAUAGGAACCUCAGUUCUGCCUUUAGAUGACAUUGGGAUGCAGUAAAGAUAAUGUUACAACUGACAAGGGUGCUUUCUUGGUUUCAUUUAAUAUGCUAUCUUAUUUGUAUUGAUUGUUUCCCCAACCCUGGGCUCAGGGUUAUCUCAGGGAAAGGGUCAGUUAGAAAUUAGUGCCUUUUAAGGAGUGUCUAUCGAGCUGUGCCCAAUAUAAUUUCCUUCAACAUUUCUUACUAGAUCUUUUUGUCUUCCACAGGAAUCACGCCAAUCUGCUUGAGCUUCUUUGCACUGUAUGAUCCACUGGCCAAAUUAUGGUUCCCUCCUAACCAUGUGUUUGACAUAGAUAGUGGCAUUAAGUUGAUUCUGCAUUUUCGUUUGAGGUAAGAACAUCCUUUCCCCAUGUAUUUCACCUUCACUUCUGUAGUUUUGGGAUUAAAUAUUUAUUGGCUUUACAACUGGGUGCUUGCAGAGCCCCCUGCCUAGCACCCAUGAGCCCAUGAAGAUGCUUGAGCUUUCAUUUAGAUAGAAAGUUAUGGAGCAAAAUGUGCAGGUACCCUUCUAAGUGAUUUCUGUGAAAUGAGCCAACCUAGCUUCUCCUGCCUGUCAGUGAUUUUAGCUGGUGAAGGAAGUCAGAACUGUGAUUGGUAAGUGAGUAGUUUGGACACCAUGCAAUAGAAAUCCCCAGUGCUAUUUUCCCUUCUUGUUUAGUACACUUCCCUUCUUCAUCUUAAACAUUUAUAUUCCCCUUGUGCGUUUAACUGCUGUAUCUCCACAAUCGGAAAUAGCAGGACAUAGCUUUCCAUGGUAAACCUGAGAUUGUGCAGGGGAUGGGGUGAGAAGCAGGAAUGACUGCACUCCCUCUAAUUCUGUGUUAUGCCAUGACCUCAUGGCAGCCAUUUGUGACUGGUACCCAUGGCGUCUCUGAAAAUACAAAAUGUGCCCAUCAGUCUGGUAAGGUCGGUGGCCCCUGUUGUAGCAGGUACCGGGGAAUAUGCUGACCCCUGAAUUAUUAGGUCAAUUGAUCAUAAUUGGGUAGUGCUCAAAACUAAUCAAGAAGCAGGUUGAUCUCCUUCUCUGUGAUUUAUGUCCAGAGCUCAGACAACAUACUGUAAGCAUAUGCUUUCUAAAAAGUUCACACACUGUAUAUGGUGAUUACCUGGAUCUGCAUACCUUUGGGGUCAUCUCUUUUCCCCUGCGUUCUGCCAUUGUGUAAAGUCAAGUCAGCCUUGGCAAGUAUAAUGGCUUUUUUAUGGUGGUCCUGGGUCUGUGGAAUAGCAUCUUGGAAGGGGUUUACCGAAUCACGGUCUUUGGUGCAUUCAGAAGGGGCUGCACAUCAUUCUUCAGAAAGAUGUUUAGAAGACAGUGGAUUUGGGUACUUAACUGCUGCUUUUUAUGUUUUAAAAACAUUGGCACAAGCAGCAUAUAAAUAAUAAAUUAUAAUUAUUAGUGGGCAUUUUAUCUAUAGUUGCAAGGCCUACUUUUUAGGAAGUGGGGUACAUGGCAGCAUUUUUUUGCAAGUUUUCUUACAUAUAAUAAAGUAAUUUGCCCAGGAAAACCUACUUGUGCAUAGCCAUUUAGGCUUUCUGAAAGCAGUGUAAGAUUAUUAUAAUCAAGAAAUGUUCAGUAAGUCUCAUUUAUAUAAGUUCCAUUAGACCGAGCAGGUGUUUGCUUUAUUACCCAUAGAAUAUCCAAAUGACUGAGUUAUUGUUGUGUAUUAAAAUGGUUUUUCAUGUAGUGUUUGGUAUAUUGAGAUGCUGCUUUGGGCAUGUUGAAUGGCAAGGCAUGAAUGCAAUACAUCCUGCAUUCAUAAUAGUUAGUUUGCCCUUGUUCUAGAAGCAUUAAGUAUGUCCACAUUUGCCAGUAGCAGUGUCUUCUACUUUGAAUUCAGAGUAGAAUAAUGGCACAGGACAUAAUACAUUGAUUUAAUAAUGGGAAAACACAUGCGCCAUUGCUGUUGGUGUCAAAAUUAAAUUGUGUUUUUUUUCCUCCUCAGCAUACUUCCUCCCUCAAGUUAGGUGAAUCUGUGUCAUGGUCAGUGUGGUUUGGCUACAUAAUUUAAAAGAGCUGGUUGUUUCUGCCAGAGAGCAUGUGCUAGUAUAAAAAGAGCAUCCUGUCUGCUGUACCACAACAAUACUGGGGUGUUUGAAAGUAGAGGGAGAGGUCUCAGCCUGGCCUCAUUUCAACACUUCCCCAAAUCUAAUUUUCAUAUGUAUCUGGAAUGUUGAUGCUCCUUGGGGCAUCAUAUACACUUUUAGAAAAGUAACCUUAGUAGGCAAUGGUGACUGGUGCCCACUGGAACUGGUAGGGUGACACCAGAGCAAAUGACAGAAGGGGCCAAUUCUUGUUUUGUCCCCAUCCUCCCUGCUGAGUUCUACAAGGGUAAUAACUGAGACUAAAGAGGGAGCUGGCAGUAAGAAAGCAGUCAGGUGGGGGCUGACUGAAGGAAGGCUGGGCUUGGUUUAGGAGGGCCCUGCUUGCCCCCCAGUGAACCAGCUUCCACCACUAGUAGGGUAUUCUUUCCUUCUCAGACUCCUUAAUUGUGCAGUCCUAAGCAUAUUUACUCAGAAGUAGGUCCCUCUAAGUUUAGUGAGACUUGCUUUCUAGUAAGUGCAUCUAGGAUUGUGAUCUAGGUCUAUUUGUUGUGUGUAUUUUGGUACAAACUGUUGUAGAUCCUUCAGGCAGAUUUGCGUGUGUGCAACUGUGAUCUGAGAAGGAAGUGGGUGGGAAGGAAGUGGGCAGGGUGCCUAGUACAUCAAUGAAGAGAACAUCCUUCAGUUUCUGCGAAUGCUGAGCUGAGCUUGGGCUUUAGUUUAGAUUGUGUGUGGUGAAUAGAAUGAACCAGAUGAAUAGAACCAGAGUACACUGCUUUAACAUUGGAGCAGUAUUACCUUUUGACAGAACCUUUUCAGGAGAUAUAGCUAUGCUUAUCAGUAUUAUAAGCUUGUUUCAAUCUAAUUUACCCUAGCAAGUUCAUUUAUCUUGAAACUCAUCGGUUUUCCUGUCUGGUGAAUAAAUUCCACUUCUUUACUACCCUGGAAUCAAUUUCAUGAAGUCACAGACACACACACUCUCAUACUCAUUCAUAUAUUCAGCCUUUAUUGGCGUAAUAUAUAUACGUAUUAGUGUGUGUACUGUAUUUCCUGAACAAAAUUUGCUUGCACAUACAUCUACAGACAGCAUCUUUGUUUUAACUCUUAAGUCAGCCUAGUUAGGUGGCCUUAGUUAAUCUCUAGGAAGAGUGUCUGAAUGGCUUCAUAGUUCAUGUACAAUUUUACUUGCAUCUACUGCUAGGAUUUUAACUGUUUUUAAUUGGCUUUAACUGUAUUUAUUGAUAAUUUUAAUUCUUACAAACCGCUAGAGGUUUUAUUGCAAUCACAUGGUAUACAAAUUUUGUUAAAUAAAAUAAGUAAGGAUACCUUUUAUCAUACUUGUUUAGAAAACAGAUUUUCACUGCCAGCUGAAGUAUCCCAGAAGAACCUUGAUACUGUUUGUCUCUAAAACAUAAACAAUAAAGAAUUGCUUUAGCAAUUGUAGCUAGCAUUUAUCCAGCACUGUUAUUAAGUGCUGAAAACACUUUACAGGCAUGCUAUCAGCAAUCCUUGCAUCAGCCAUGUCAGGUGGGCCAGUAUUAUCUGUAUACUGCUAAUUAAGUCACAGUGGUUUGCCAAAAGUUGCCCAGUGAAUUCAUGGCUAGGUUGAGUCCUGCUUUUUAUCACUCUGGUAAAUCAGCUGCCAUAAGAUUAUAUUAAGUUCAGUAAGUUAGAAUUUCUAGAGGGGCAGGGUUCGAAAUUAGCAGGUGCCAGGAGCAUUUUGUGCCUAAAGUUUCUCCAUUUGCGAGCACCUCAGAAAGUCUGGGUGCUUCUUUUUUACGCCUGGCCGACUCUCAAGUUUUACUGAAAUUUAUGUGCUUUGAAGCCUUGAAGUAUAUGUUAAGGAUAGACAAUACAGUGGUACCUCGCAAGACGAAUGCCUCGCAAGACGGAAAACUCGCAAAACGAAAGGGUUUUCUGUUUUUUUGAGCUGCUUCGCAAGACGAUUUUCCCUAUGGGCUUGCUUUGCAAGACGGAAACGUCUUGCAAGUUUGUUUCCUUUUUCUUAACAGCGUUAAUACAGUUGCGACUUGACUUCGAGGAGCAACUCAUAGCACGCGGUGUGGUAGCCUUUUUUGAGGUUUUUGAAGACUUUGGUGAUUUUUGAAGCUUUUCCAAAACUUUUCCGACACCGUGCUUCGCAAGACGAAAAAAACCGCAAGACGACAAAACUCACGGAACGAAUUAAUUUCGUCUUGCGAGGCACCACUGUAUGUUAAGGAGUUUAACAAUAAAGAGUAGAGUGUUUUGAAAACUGAAGUAUGGUACCAAUAUUUUUAUUGUAAACACCUAAUUAAACAUGUAUUAAUAAUUUCUGCUAAAAAUGUGAUAUUAACAAUUUGUCACUUGUGUGAAUUGCGUAUUAAAUCAUGCCUAUCAAAAUAAUAAAAAGUGUUUCCCAUCCCCUCCAGUGGCCACGAGACAUUCUGUUUUGGCACCCACAAUCCAGGCCCCAGGAGCCACAUGGCUCCUAGCUUUUCAGCCUAGUUUCUAACACUGUAGAGGGGGUAGCUGUGUUAGUCUUGUUGUUUCUUAAAGACUAGCAAAUUUAUUGUGGCAUAAGUUUUCAUUGGUUGCAGUAUACUUCCUCAGAUUAAUUCAUGCAUCUGAUGAAGUGGACUGUAACUCACAAAAGCUUAUGCCAUAAUAAAUGAGUACUUAAUGUGCCACAAACAUUUUUUUUUUUGUUAAGUUUAAAAUAUUUACAGUUGAACUGUGUUGUGUGCUGUGACCUGUACAGAUGGUUUUCUGGUUUGCACUGACUACUAUUUUCUCACGGAACUACAGGACUUCUGUCUAGAACCAUUGUUCUAAUAGUUUUCUUGCCAUGAAACAUGUAAGAAAAAUUCAAAAGUGGGCUUACCACUGGUGAACAGGUUGAGUGACUCAUUUCCUCCAGGUAAUCAGACAGAGAAGCGCUUGGAAAGAGUUCGACUCCCUUCCACACAUUUCAGGCCACUUAUAUGUCUCAAAUAGCCUGGAUGGAAAAGUGGCCUAACAAAUUGUGAGCUUGUAAGCUUCUGUGAACUCAUUAGCAAGGCAUAGAUGCCAUGAAUUAGAGUUGGAAGAAGUAGAAGAGCACCUCUCUGACCUAGGUCUUGCGUUCCUUGAGGAAUAUGCACCUUGCCUGGGCAAAGUUUAAUCAUUCCUGCCUCUCAUACAUCAAGUAAGAUGUGCAUAUUCUCUCUCUGUCUCUCAGGUAUUAUUUCCGAAACUGGCAUGGGACAAAUGAGAAGGAGCCAGCUGUCUGUCGCAGCCUCCAUCGCACAAGUGACUCUGAGGACAAGUCACAGCAAGCAAGGGGCGAGCAAGGCAGUGCCCUGCUGGAUAAACCAUCAUUUGAGUAUCUCUUUGAGCAAGUAUGAAGCUUUGUUGAUGUUGUUCUGUUCAGAUUAAGCCUGUUAUGUAUCUGCCAUCCCACCCUCUUUGGACUGUCCAGAGAGGUUUCCAUCCUUCUUCCUUAAAAUUAAGUUUCGUUGAGAUUCCAUGGCUUCAUCUGGCAAACUUAGAUAUCUCUUCAGUUGCACUUUCAAAGCCAUAAAGGCCUACUCCAUGCUAUACAGCAGAUUCAUCCAUCUCCCCUGACCAGCCUGUGCAAUCCAGACUGCAGCAUGCCUUGGGCAGAGAAGAGGUACACCACAGUGAAGCGCACGCAGAAGAAAUAACUCUAUAUGUCAGGCACUUGGAGCCUAAGUGUCUGUCAAAUAGCUUAGGCGGUAAAUAGCAAUCCAGGAGGAAGAAAUUACUUACACAAAAAAUGCAAGUAAGGAAGCAGGAGUGGAUAAAAGCUGUUGAAGCUACUGGUGACAUCAACAGACUCUAAGCCAGCACGAGGGAAGUGAUGAAAUGGGGCAUGCGGGGGUGGGGAGAUUAGUAGACUUCUCAGCUUUCCCCCUUCCUCUGAGGAAAUGUGAUGCAGAUAGUCAGUUCUUAUAUUCUAGAUCUGUUUUCAGAGAGGUCAAGCCAGCCAAAUGAGCCACAUUCCACCAAGGAAGGAGAAACCCCUUUUUUAUACUUAUUAGGCAGCCUGAUUCCACCUCAUAUAUGGUGUGUAGUCAAGCCCUAAAUUUUGGAAGAACUGGAUGAGAUAAGAUGGAAAUGUUUAUUUCCCUCCUUUUUACACAACUGCUAGUAGUGUUGCCUACAUGAGACUGCAGGUUGGAUCCCUGACAUCAUUUGAGUUCAGAUCUCCAGUAGCUCAACUUGAAGAGCCAAAGGAGAGACUGAUUUGGGACCUGUUAGCUUGGGAAUGUACCUCCAUAAUUUUUGAUCUUUUUCUUCCCAGGGGAAAUAUGACUUCAUUAACGACAUUGCCUCUCUAAAAGACCUACACACUGAGCAGGAGAUUCACCAGUUUAAAAAUGACAGCCUGGGGAUGGCUGUCCUCCACCUGUGUCACAUUGCACUUAAGAGAGGCAUCUCCCUUGAAGAAGUGACAGAGAGAACCAGGUGAAUUAUUGUGGGGAUGGGACAAGUAGUUGUGUUUAUGGUGUGCUUCCCAAUCCAGUAAUCCCAAACUGCUUUGCAGAGGGUUGUUGGUAUGUCCUCUCUCCCCCCAUCUUCACUUGAAGUGUGGCAUUGAUACACAUGGGUUGGUCGUCCCGCUUACUGUGUUUGUUUCUCUUGCAGCUUCAAGGAGUGCAUCCCCCGUUCUUUUUGUCGGCAGAUUCAGCAAAACAAUUAUCUGACCAAAUUCCGCAUGAGGAAUGUUUUUAAGAAGUUCUUGCAACGUUUCCAGAGACAUACAAUGAGCUCUGGCAAGCUGACGGAACAGGACAUCAUGUAUAAGUACCUGGUGACCUUGGAGAACCUGGCCCCACGUUUUGGGAGUGAGUUCUUCAUGGUCCUCUCACUGGAAACUGUUUCAGAGGGUGAGAAGGUGCCACUUUACAUCAAUGGUGGGCACACACUUCUGGAGAACUUCCAUUCCCCUCCUCCCAGUGACAGGCUUGCUACGCAUGAGGUUCUGGUCACGGGCACAGAUGGCAUUCAGUGGCGUCCCAUCUCUGCUGAGGUAUGUUCAUUUGUGAGUUCAUCACCACCUAUUGUCAUCAGUAACAAGCUCUCCAUCCCUGGGCACUGGGACUCCACUUCCUGGAUUGGAAAGCCAUGUUGAGUACUUAACUUUAUUUGGCACAAUACAUUAAUUUUGCUCUGGCUUUUAGCUCACUUCUCAGGGGAUCAGGGCAAGUAAUAAUCAGUUAAUGAAAAGCCCAAGUUACCAAUAGUUAAGCCAGGAAGUCAGGUCAACCCAAGCUGAAUUGCAGUUAUAUCUUUCCUGUACUAGAGCAAGAGUCACAAAAAGAUGGGGGUUGGGAAUCAGGUUACUGGUUCAAAAUAUAGGUCUGAAUAAACUGAACCUGACAUGGUUAGUAAACCCUAACCAUGAUGAUGUAGAUGUGAGACUUAAGUUUAGAAGCGUUUUGCACAUUUUGCGUUUGUCUUGACUAAUUUGUCCCUUUCAAGAAGCAAUUUGCAGGGUGCAAAGCUGCACAUUGUGGCUGUUAUUCCUGCCAUCACUCUAGCCUUUGCUUUGACUUUGGAGGCAGGGAUUGUCUCAUCCUGACAUGUGUUUCACUUCAGAGGCACUUCAAAAGAAACCUGAGGACCUUGGGCUAAACUUUUGAUCUCUGACCUAAAAUACGUGCUCACCAGUGGUGAACAAGUGCACUGUGGUUGACCAUAUAGUUGAAAAUAAGUAGGCUAGUUGGCUGGUUGCCUCUGAUUGGAUAGCAGCCAGAAGCUUCAGUCUUUAAGCUGACUCAGCCUUCGGAGACACACUUUGAAGAGCAAGUUUUUCAGAAAAGUGAAGAGUGUGUCUUAGUAGCAAUAAAAAAUUCCACUCAAUGCCACCGCAGUGCAUGCCAUUCUGUGGGUCUUUACACUCUUGAUACCAAAGUCAUGCCAGGUACAUCUUAGAUGUGGUAAUUGAACAUAAGCAUAGAGAGAAGUUCCUUAAGUAUUCUGGACCUGAGUCGUUUAGGGCUCUGGCACCAUUAGUUGAGUUUUAAAGUCACUACAGAAUUGGUGGAGAUUGUGGAGCACUGGCAAAUGUGCUCCCAAUGAUCCAAGGUAAGCCACAGCAGUUUGUAGCCACAGAAACUGCUUCUUGGGAACUUGAACCUCCUGGCAGAAACAUCUCUAAAUCAGAAACUCAGGGUGGUAUCCAACGAAGUAUGGAUACUAGUAUGGAUACUAGUGCAAGGAUUUCAGCUUGUGCAAUUGAGUUUUCCCCUUGCACAGUUCUGUUGCGUAGCCAGAAGUCCUUGCUCUAGUGGAAGUACUCUGUUGGAUACCACCUCAACUAUAUUACAGCAAAAAACAGCAGCAUAAAAUGGUGGGGAAAAUGAAUUCCUUCAUGGGUAUUAUGCCACUGUUGCUAUUCUGGACAUCCUCACUCUCCAAACUAUCCACCUAGCUAUGUGCAUGCUUCUUCUCAGCAGUAGAACUUUAACAGGGGCCAAAAAGAUUCAGAGGCUGGGAAAUACUCAGCUUCUGGAAAAUGCUGGUCAACUGUCACAGGAGCCAGCAGCAAGCACAUUUGGCAAAUAGCAGAGAGAAACAAGGUACACAGCUCACUUCAGCUAGCAGCUCUUUUAUUAGUGUCAACACAGAAACACACCAAGAUUCAUGAAGUAUACUCCUGCAGCAUGAGCUGUUGCCCAAAGUGGCUAGCUUCUCCCAUCCUGUCUAUUUUCCAUGCUUCAGACCUCAAGGGACCCUCUUUGUUUCUGCCUGGUUUUCUGUUCUGUUAUGUGGAGUAAUUGUCUUGUUUUAGAGGUGAACAGUGGGUCUGGGAGGCUGUAAAGGGACAAGCUGUCAGCUGGUGCUGAUGUUGCCUUUAUUAGACCUGAUUCCUAUCCUUGCUCAGGGCCGGGGCUUCUGUGUGUUUCCUCCUGUUCCUCACCCUCCUGACUCCCAGCUUCCAGUAUUUCCCAGUCCUCCUCCUCCUCCUCUGGGGGGUUUCCUGUUUCCCACCACCAUAAACCUGAGUCCAAACUGUCCUCUCCUGCAUUUUCCCUGGAAGCCUCUUGGGCAGGCAGUCUCCACCACUCCUCUUCUAGCCAGUCCCUGACAUCAGCCAAAUCUUGCAUUUUCACUAUGUGUAUAGCAUGACCUAGUGCCCUAAAAUCCUCAAAGCUCAAUAGUAGGGUAAUUUGUUUUCCUCCCUCUUUCAACCCUGAAACUGCCUUUGGAGCUACCUGUGCUGCAGCGCUGGUGUGACAGUCCUGGAGCUUGGGCUCUUAGCUCUGUCUUUCUUUUGUAGAGAUUGGAAAGCCAUCCCCAUAGAGGUUAUUUGGGGGAAAAGGCCAGGACUAAAGACCACAAGCAGGCUUACCAGCCAAUGGAACGACGUGAAUCCAAAUGGGUACACUUCUGUGACUUCCAGGAGAUCACACACAUUGUUAUCAAAGACUGCAGAGUCAGCAUCCACCGUCAAGACAAUAAGUGCCUGGUAGGUGGGAAUGUGUCCCUCUGCUACUCACCUCGAUUCAUUUACAAUUACUUCUGUGAACUGUUGGUGACUGACCAAGAACGAGGCCUUCAGGUGACAGCAGGUAUCUGAAUUAUGCCAAUUCAGUGUGUAGCAGCCGUGGAAAAGGCAAAUUCCAUUACAGUGGACCCUCCAGAUACAAACUUAAUUCAUUCCGGGGGUCCGUACGUACCCCAAAAAGUCCGCAACAUGAGGCUCUGCUUCUGCGCGUGCACGUGGUGCAAUAGAGCACUUCUGCGCACGCAUGUGAGGUGAAACCCAGAAGUAUACAGUUCCGGGUUUGCCGCGUUCGCAACCCGAAAGUUAUGUUACCCGAAGGUAAGGUAAGCUGAGGGUCCACUGUACUAGGGUUUGUUAGGAAAGGGAUUGAAAAAUAAAACUUGCAAUAUCAUGAUGCUUUUAUACAAACCUGUGGUGCAACUUCAUUUGUAAUAUUGUGUAAAGUUCUGGUUGCCUCACCUCAAAAGGGAUAGGUCCGAGUUGGAAAAGGUUCAGAAAAGUGCAAUGAAAAUGAUCAAGGUAUGAAAAAAGCAGAUAAAGAGAAUUUUUUCUCCCUGUCUCAUAGCACUAGAACUCAGGGACAUUGAAUGAAGCUAAGUUUUGGAAGAUUGAGGACAAAUGAAAGUAGUUCUUCAUACGUGCAUAAAGAGGAUCAGAUAAUUCUUGGAGGAUAAGGCUGUCAGUGACUACAAGCCACAGUGGUUAUGUUAUACCCCCAGUAUGUUUCUAAAUAUCAGCGGCUGGGAAUCACGUGUAGAGAGUGUUUUGUGCUCAUGUCCUGUUUGAGGGCUUCCCAUAGAGAUCUGGUUGGCCACUAUGAGAUCAGACUACAAAUUCUGUGCAUAUGGAAUCUCAAAGGUGCAUACUCUGGGCUGCUAGACUAGAACUAGACAUUAGGGAUAUGCACAGUUUGGUUCACUUCCCCCAUGUCCUGGUGUCACAACAGUAUAUUUAUUCAUAAAAAUUAUACACUACUUGAUUGUAAAAAAAAAUUCAAAGUAAUUUACCAUGGUACCUUGGUUGUGAACUUAAUCUGUUCCGGGAGUCCAUUCGACUCCUGGAACCGUUCAAAAACCAAGGUGCGGCUUCUGAUUGGCUGCAGGAGCUUCUUGCACUCAACGGAAGCUGCGGAAGCUGCAUCAGAUGUUCAACUUCCGAAAAAUGUUCACAAACUGGAACACUCAUUUCCAGGUUUGCGGCUUUCGGAAGCCGAUUUGUUCAGGAGCCAAGCCGUUCGAGAACCAAGGUACCACUGUACAAAAAAGACAAAACACUUAAAUUACCACAAACAAAAAUUAGCAAUAAUUUAAUACUUUUGAAAAGUUAAAACAAUAAUAGUCUAAAACCAGAUUAAAACACACAGCAACUUUCUAAACUUGCAAAGGCCAAAAAAGUACAGUGAAGGCUCCUGCCUUAUAGCAAUAGGCAGGAAGUUAGUUCCAAAGUAUAGGUGCUGCCACAUGAAAAGAUCAAGUUACUACAAAUGUGAAGCAGGUAUGAUGUGGUACCUGAAACAGUGCCAAUGCCACAGAUCAGAGUGGCUGAGUAGGCACAUAUGGCAUAAGGCAAUCUCAUAGGAUUGCCAUCUUUCUCCAAUGGAAAUUUUCCCCAGAGCAUUCAGGAACAUAAUGGGUUCCAUCAGUUUCUGAGGGCAGGUUAUCAGAAUGGGCCCACCACCCUUACAUGUGAUGGAUGUGUCUGUUCAAUGUUGCCUUGUAUGACUGAUCUGCAACUUUUAGAGACCCUUUUAGAAACAACAAGUUCAGCUGGGUAGGUUGAGUAGCUCUGUUCAGUUGUAGAGCACCUUCUUUGCAUACAGAAGGUCCCAGGUUCAGUGUCCAGCAACUCCAGGAAGGAUUGGUGGAGACACUUGUCUGACAACCUAGAGAGCUGCAUGCCAGUCAGUGCAUUCUAUGGAAUGAAAUUUAUAUGAAGAAGAAGAAAAUAGAAAUAAAAUUUAAAAACCAUCCAGCAUCCAGCACAGCACAUUGCUAUUGCUACAACAGGCAGUAAAAUCAUCAAGUGGUCUUUCAAGACCAUCAGCAAUUUUCAGGUGGUACAUGGAAAAAACAGCCUGGAAAACACUGGCUUAAAGCACUGUAGCUUCCCAAGGGCCUUCAGCCCAGCAUUGUGGCCCAGGACUAAUGCUUAAUGACUGUGCUUUCAAAAAAAUUUCUAUCUAGGAUCUGACUCUUUCAUCCUACGAAGCUGCCCUCUCCUUGAUUUCACUGGUGGAUGGUUAUUUCAGAUUGACAGCUGACUCUAACCAUUACCUGUGCCAUGAAGUAGCCCCGCCCCGGUUGGUAAUGAGCAUUCAGAAUGGUAUCCACGGACCCAUGCAGUAAGUGAUCUCUGCUUAAGCCAUUCAACAUUUUCUUCUCAGAACUUGGUUUGGGACAGGGGUCUCCACAGGCCAUAUCUAAAAUGUUUUCUUUUCCUAGUGAAGAAUUUAUUAUGGCUAAACUGAAGCGAGAAGAACAGGAGGAUGGCCUGUAUGUCCUUCGCUGGAGCGUCCUUGAUUAUAAUAGAUUGAUCUUGUCGGUAUUGAGGAGAGGCCAGGUGAGAUUUGUGGAAGUGGUUGUGGCCUGUUCUAAUUCUAUAGGUUGUGUAAAGCAACUUCCCCCUGCAUCCCCUGUUCACCUCUUAAAUAGUUUCUGAGUUUUCUCUCAAUCCUCCGGAGCAGAUCUGGGUACAGAGCAGGGAGAGGAGAGGCAGGGAGGUUGUUUCACUUGCACAUUUAUUUUGUUGAAUACAGCCCUUGUCCUUGAUGCUUUGUGAAUGAGCCUUUUCCAAGUAUGAGUAUGUUGCUGUUGAUUCUGAGCAGGGUGAUCAAUCUGUGCUAGGCUACUGGCAGUAUAUUGUCCAACCAAUUUCAUACAAAGAAAUAAAGAUAAUGGAAAGCCACUGGGGAAACAGGACUGAGGUUCUUGUGUCUGCUGUAUGUCCAUAAAAUGGAAUUGAGCAGAUGAAAAAUGAAACUUGAUAAGCAGUUGUAAGCCAUGGUUGCUCAGAUUGGUUUUGUGUGAUGUCUGCAUUGAUUCACAGAGUACGCUUUAUGGUUGCAUUAAUAAGUCAACUAAGAUUGCUGACUCUAGUUUCCCACAAUAUAAAUGUGUUAGUCACUUGUUUCCAAAAAGGUUUGGAGGUUGUUGUUGGAAAACUCUGUAACAUACCCGUGGCUCACCACUUGGGGACCAUUCUUACUUACUGCAGGCAAACACCAGAGUUGUUAUUUGCAAACCUCAGUUAGCACUUUUAAUGAACUCUUAAGAUCAUUAAUGCUAUUGAACAGGCAGUUCUUUUAACAAAUUAUAGUACUUUGUUAUAAUACAGUCUGUACAUUAUUAUAUUUUUUAUAAGGCAAACUGAAAACCAUUAAAAAUAGAUUGGGUUUGAUUCAGAGUUAAUCACGUGUAACAGGUGUAGCUGACUUUUGUGACUGCCUCCUCCCCAGGGCAGCCUACCAAAAAUGCUCCUCAGAAGGUCAAGGGACCCUGCUGAAUGGGGUGGGUUCAUAGCAAGGGGCUUGAGGUGGAGGGGAGAGAUCCCCGGAAAUCAGGUUGAUGCAGCUUUUGAAGCUGGAAGCUGUGCUUGUAGAAAGUGAUUUGGUCUGAAACAGCUGUGCUCAUGCUUUUCAUGAAGAUCGAAGGAGUAAGAAGCAUGUUCCUGUGGUCUGCUGACUUCUGAUCAUUGGGACAAAUAGGGGGGUGUAAAGUUUGAAAUGCCUGUGAGUGGGACAGGCAUUUGGGGAGAGAUGUGUUCCAUGGUCUGCAUAUUUCAAGCAAGGCUGCUGGCUGGGCAUGUAGGCUAGUGUCCAGCUCUUACUCUCUCUCAUGCUUCUUGUUUGCCACAGUCCUUCCAGAGCCAGGAUGCCACAAGCUACAGACAGUUCCGAAUCCAGAAGAAGGGGAAUUCCUUUGUGCUAGAAGGCUGGGAGCAAGAGUUUCCAAGCAUCCAAGAACUGAUGAAUGCCCUUAAAGGCUGUACUCUGAGAUCUGGAAAUGAGACCUUCAUUUUCCGCAGGGGGUCUCUCCCAAAGCCAGGAGGUAUAAGUCAAGAAUUGUAAAUACUGUUCCUUUUACAGUGACCUAGUGAUAUUCUCCCAAAGAUAAUCUGGCUACAUGAAUAUAGUAUAGAAACAGAAGAGGUGAAUCUGCUACACAGCAUAGGGCCUUUUUCUUACCACAAGGCCUUGUAAUUGUUUAGCAUUUUACUGAAUAUCCAGCAGUUCAGGGGAUUCAGAUGUUGGUCCAAGGCAUAAUUACUGCUGAAGUUGCAGCUUUUUAAAACCACAGUCAUGGAUAAUGUAGACCAGACUUUAAACAGAAGUAUGUGGCCACAUUAACAUGGUGGUUUCUGGGUACUUAACCAGAAUUAAGCACUAUCUACACUGAGAGUACUAUUGGAUAUCAAGGGAAGCAGCAUCCCUAAUCUGCAUUUUUUACUGUAGGUUAAGAAUAAACUUGGACCUCCAAUAUACUUCGCUUGCCUAGGUCUAGAUCUAGGUAUAAAAUCAACAUUUGUAAUUGAAAGAACUAGCAGCCACAAACCUUGGGCUUGUGUUCUUCUCCAGCUCUAACAGGAGAAUAGCUAAAGCUUCUAGUCAGGGUUUCAUGUUGAUAUGUUUUAAUUGCAUUUUCUCAUUUCACACAAAUACAGGAAGCUCUGGUUUGUACAAACUAUAGCUAGUGAAGAAACUGGGGUAUCAAACUAGGAUUAACCUGUGGUUUAAUACCAUGGUUUCUUAACUAUGGUUUUAAUAAACCACAGUUUUCUGUAUAGAGAGGAAACCGAGGCUUGUUUUUAUGUCUGAAUCAGGCCACUGUGUGAGAACAUAUCCAGGAUAGCCUCUAUUCUUUCUUGUCAUGUUGUUUUCCAGAAGUAAAACCUCUCUGUUAGUUGUGUGAACUAACUAUUAUUUCAUGAACAAGAAUCACCUGAGCUUUUCAGGUUCUUCACUUUAGCACCAUCCUUUCCAGCGCACUCUGUUUGGGCGAGCUUUAAGAAACCCCAUUAGUAGGCUUACACAGGGCUUCUGCUUGUGCAGUCGGGCUUCCUCUCCCCCUUCCCACCUCCUGAAAUUGGCUCUGGGUGGGGGCAGGAGAACCCCCAGAACAGCAUGCAGUGAAAGAGAGGGGAUCUGGCAGGCUGCACUGCUUCUGCAGUGGAACAUUAAAUUCCACCCAGUGUCUUGAAAGAGGUGCUAAUUUAGCAACAAGAUAUUGACAGAAAGAAGCUGUAUUCAGGGAGGAAUGCUGAUUAAACUCACUUAGGGAAUUCCUUAAAUUAAAACCUCUUAACUCUCAUUGGGUAGCAGCAUGCAGUUACUGAUUAUUAUACCCUCCCAUAUACAAGUUUCUGUUUGUGAACAAAGUUGUGAAAUACUUUCUUAGAAAUGGUCUGCUUUUCUGUUCUGUUCUGUUCUUGGUUUUUUUUAGUGUGCUUUUGUAGAUCUGAUCUUUGGGACUAAUCUCUCUCCUACAGAGAUCUCAGACCUGCUGAUCACACGAAAAGUGAAGGACAGCACCCGACAAAUUCUGAACUUGACGCAGCUGAGCUUCCAUCAGAUCCGAAAGAAUGAGAUCACCCAGGUCAGCACUGUUGUCUUGUGACUUUUGUGGGGGAUGAAGGAUUAGGAUUAUAAAGGUGUAUCAACCUGGAAACGACCUAACAUUCUCUUUUCAUGCAAGGAACUUUAAUCCCAAGUCUUCUGACCAUGCAGUAUGCUAAUUUUGAUGUAAUGCCAAACUAAGGCUUAGGAACCUAUUAGACAAGUUGCUUAGAUGUUGCUUAUGUGUCUAGUCUCAUGGCUUCCAGUAUGAGUUUUAUGCCUUCCAGGGGGUGGAAAUUGACUUCACUGUGUGCCUAACAAGCAUUGCUGGAAGACAGAAGUUGGUUUUACUGUGAUAUAACAGAGCUAUGAAUCCUGUCUUUAGUUCUAGUUGGAGUGAAAGAUUCACAGGAAACCAUGGUGGGUUAUAGGACUGGGAUGUGGGUUGGUGGGGGGUUUUGUUGACUUUUUGUUGUUACUGUUAUAUUAUUUUUGUAGCUUUGUUUUUAGAUCUUAUAAUGUGGAAAUUGUUCAAACUGGUUGUGUACAUUUUGAUGUUUUAUAUUUAUUGUUUAUGACUACUUUUGUUAUGUUUGUAAAUCUUUCCAUCUUGUAAGCUGCCUUGAGCAUGAUCUUAACUAUGGAAAGGUGGCAUACAAAUAAAAUGAUGAUGAUAACACAUCCAUGUCUUAAAUCUCCUUCAGAGAGCUCACCUGGGACAAGGGACGUGCACCAACAUUUAUGAUGGAGUGCUGCAUGUAUGCGGUGCAGCUAAUGGUGAUGAUGAGACGGAAUACUACUCUACCGAGCAGAACAACAACAAUCGUGAGAUGCAUGUAGUACUCAAAGUGCUUGACCCUAGCCACAGGGACAUUGUCCUGGUGAGUUGUUAUUGGCAGCUGUCUAUCUCAAAAGACAAUGGAGUAUGCCUCUGGGCAGGGGAGGAAAUCAAACCGCUGCAUUAGUAGCACCAGAGUUACCUCCCUAAGGUGCAAGCCUGGGCGGUGUGUGUGGGGGUCCUGGGCUGCCCAGGCAACAAGACUCCCCUUUCAACCUCACUGAUGUGGUCUAAAGGAAAGCAGAGCAGUGCGUUUGGCACCAGCUUGUUUGCAGGAGUUCCCAGAAGGAGCCAUACAAGGUCCCAUCCAACUGUCUUAGGGACUCCACUCUGGAUUUGAGUAGGGUUUAAAGUAAAGGUAAAGGGACUUCUGACCAUUAGGUCCAGUCGUGAUCGACUCUGGGGUUACAGUGCUCAUCUCGCUAUAUUGGCCGAGGGAGCUGGUGUACAGCUUCCGGGUCAUGUGGCCAGCAUGACUAAGCCGCUUCUGGCAAACCAGAGCAGCACACGGAAAUGCUGUUUACCUUCCCGCCAGAGAACCUAUUUAUCUGCUUUGACGUGCUUUCGAACUGCUAGGUUGGCAGGAACAGGGACUGAGCAACGGGAGCUCACCCUGUGGCAGGGAUUCGAACCGCCGACCUUCUGAUUGGCAAGUCCUAGGCUCUGUGGUUUAACCCACAGCGCCACCCAUGUCCCAUUGAGUAGGGUUUAUUCCUUAGCAUUUUCUUCUUCCAAAGAUGUCCUGCAAGUCAGUAGAGUUUUCCUGCUCCUAGAUGUGCUACCUUCCCAGGUUGACAAGCCCCAUCUGUCAUCUUUUUGACCAUUAGAUCCACAUUGCUCUUGUUCGCUCAAUCCACCGGAGCCUGUCUUUGCAUACAGGAGAAGUUCCUAACUCACUAAGGGUUUGAAACCCAUAAGCUACUCUCACCUGGUUUAGCUGGCCAGUCAAAGCUGUUCCAAGGGUGUGGCUGCAGUCACAUGCUUACAGCUUCUAGGAGCCACAGGUGAGAACUAAGUGUAGGGUAGGGACCAAAGGUGGACAAACUACUCCAGAAAGAGCAAAAUGUGUCCCCCACCAGAGAUACUACCCCUCCCCAUACACCCCAUACAUCCCUUUCUAAUAAGCAAAUUGGAAAGAGAAAGGGAGUAGGCAUCUUAAAACUGUAGCAGGGGAGCCAAUAGGUAUCCUAGCUGUCUACUUGUAUGGAGUGUGUCUGUAUGGAGUGGGAAGGGGAAGCUCUAGGGGGUUAAUGGCAGGUUAAUGGCAGGAGGGUUGGUGAGUGGAGCAAAUGGGUUCAUCUUCCAAUUUGUCUAUAUAGUCAUUUGGAUAAUGAACUCUUAGGAGAAAACAUGUUCUUGUCAAAUGUGAUGAUCAGUGCGCUGGCAACUAGUUUUUAUUUUACUUAUUUUAUUAUUUAGUUACAUUUUUCCCUUUUGUUUCCAGAAUUGCUACCUCCUUUUGCUAAAACAAAUAUAAUUACAGCAGUGUGAUUAUAAAAAAGUAAAUGCAAGAUACAUUUUGAACCAGAACAGAUCUCUAGCUAGCUUUAUUUUUUAGAAAAUGUUUGUUUAUGAAGUUUAUUUGUCUUGAUGGCAAAUGCAAAUGGCAGAUAAAAAAUUAACUGCACAACACUGGAAAAGGUAAGAAGAGCUGCAGAAUUGUUAUUGGGCUGGGAAUCCAAUCAGUAGUUGCUGGAAUCCUGGUCCUGUGCUAGGAUUGAAGUGCCCCAGUUGCGUUCCUUGGAUAACAGCUCUCAUGUGAUGGCCUCCCUUCUGUCCUCUGCAGGCAUUCUUUGAAACAGCAAGUCUGAUGAGCCAGGUUUCCCACAUCCACUUGGCUUUUGUGCACGGGGUUUGUGUGAGGGGCUUAGAGAGUGAGUAUUAACUGCUUUCUGUUAUGUGGCUUCUCCCUGUAUAGCUCACUGAGAUGUAAUUGUCUUGUGUUCUCAGCUGCCCUGCAUGUUUCACUAUUUUAUUCUUACGGUCCUGCAGUUUUUUAUUAUUUGAGAAAUACCGUGUGUUUCAUUUUGUAUUUGGGGAAACAGUGUCAGACUUCCACCCACUUAUCCAUGUUUAUUCAUGUCUUGACAGAUUACUUUGGAAGACAGUUGCCUGUGGUUCAUCUUCCUUUUGUGGUUGUCUUAGAUCUAUGAGAGCAACCAAAAUAGCCUUUUCCCAUUUCCAUUCAUGUUCUUCAGCCAGUAUGUUACCCACUGCUGAGAAGCAGCAGUACUAAACCUAUAUUGUUUUUGGAUUAUCACAUUUCUUCCUUUUCCUGCUUUCAGAUAUAAUGGUGGAAGAGUACAUUGAGCAUGGGCCCCUGGAUGUCUUCUUGCGGAAAAACAAAGGGCGGAUAACAGUGGGCUGGAAAUUCACAGUUGCUGCACAGUUAGCAAGUGCCCUGAGUUACUUGGUAAGUCUCCUUAGAAGGGUUUGGAGCCAACCUUCUGGAAGUGUCAGAUCUUCACUAUAGGUGUAUACCACCUUAUGCCACGUUAACUGCCAGGGCUUACCCCUGACACUGGGAUGCGGGUGGCACUGUGGGUUAAACCACAGAGCCUAGGACUUGCUGAUCAGAAGGUCGGCGGUUUGAAUCCCUGCGAUGGGGUGAGCUCCCGUUGCUCGGUCCCUGCUCCUGCCGACCUAGCAGUUCGAAAGCAUGUCAAAGUACAAGUAGAUAAAUAGGUACCACUCCAGCAGAAAGGUAAACGGUGUUUCCGUGCGCUGCUCUGGUUCGCCAGAAGCAGCUUAGUCAUGCUGGCCACAUGACCUGGAAGCUGUACUCCCGCUCCCUCGGCCAAUAAAGCGAGAUGAGCACUGCAACCCCAGAGUUGGUCAUGACUGGACCUAAUGGUCGGGGUCCCUUUACCUUUACCUUUACCCCUGACAGGGAUGUGGCGUCUUGAGGAGAGUGUUGCUUAGACUGUGUUCCUUCCCUUACCUGCCAGAACUUCAGUUCUCUUGGGGAGAGAAAUAACUAUGAAUCUAAACCUACCUUGUAAACUAUGACAUUGGAAACCACCUUGCUUGGGAGAAGCAAGAGGGGCAGAACUGUCCACUAGCGAUUAUCUUAGAAUCCCACAACCUGAUCGAUACGGAUAACAGAACAGGAGAUGGUUAUCCAUUGUCAAACCAUUUGGGGCUUAUCGGUUUUUGGGAUCCUGCUUUGAAGCAAGAAUUCAGAGUUUCAUGCUUUUUUGACCCCUUCUGAGUCUGUGAUUCUCAGGCUUGAAGUGCCUGAAUCAGCCAGAGGCAGCAACACUUGCAGUUCAAGGUUGCUUUCCCUGAUGUUUGGGUAGGGCAGGGGCAGCAGCAUAGAGACAUGGACAGUAGACCAGUUGCUUAAAAGAACUUUUAAGGUUUGGCAAGGAGGCCCAGCUGACUACUGAACCAGUUAGCUUUCUGCUUUUUGCUUAGCGAUCCCCUUGGGGAAACGGAGGCACAAUGGAUCAACGGCCGAGUUGCAAGUAGGCAUGCUAAAGAGACAGGGCUUCUCACAGACUAGUUUUCUGCAUCUAUUUAAACAGGAAGGCAAAAACCUGGUGCAUGGCAGCGUAUGUGCCAAGAACAUCCUAUUGGCCAGGAAAGGUUUGGAAGAUGGCUCGACCCCCUUCAUUAAGCUCAGCGACCCUGGAGUCAACUUUGCUGUGCUCUCCCAAGAAGGUAGACCCAACUCUUCAGAGGGCUUUUUCCCUUUUCACGUUCGCUUUCACUGGAGGUGCAUGGUUUUGGAGUUGAGCAGAGGGAAUUAAUUUGGACACAGUGUCCCUGUUUGCGUAUCGCAGGAGGUAGGUCAUGGUGUAUAGUUUGCUGUGAGUGAGCAUUGUGCCUGACACCAUUCUCUGGCAGCAGCUCCGCGUCCCAUCUCCAAAACCAGCUUCUUCAGAAGCAGGUGGGUGCAGGUGUGGGUGGGUGUCUGUUUAAAGAAAGGGAAUGUCUGCCUGCUUGUGAUCUGCUUCCAGUGUCGGGCAGCUGCACUUCCGAGUAUUGCACCACAUCUCUUGCUAACCAUUUACUCAUUUCAUUUAUAAAACUUCAAAGUCACUGUAUAUCAUUCAGUGACACACAAUAAGCCCACAACUUGCACACAUUUCACUUGUGCAGAUUCAGAUUUACUCGUUCCAUUUUUUUUUAAAAAAGUAAAAAAACAAAAAGUGGGUUCCGAGAAAAUUGAAUUUGGGAAUCCCACCUUCCACCCAGUGGAAUUUGACUAUAUACAAUUUUGGCUUUAGGCGCAAUCCCUGCAACACAACCCCUGUGCAAGUUGCAGGCUUACUGUGUUACUCGAACAUGACAAAAAACAAUAUAGACAGCAUAAAAGCCAGUGGCAGCAUAAUUCACCCUUUUUUUCCCCCUCAGCGUUGUUUCUAAUAUGUGAGGAAUCUGUCCUCCAUUUAUUGGUCUGUUCAACUUCUUCAGCUUGCUAUUAAAGCGUGCUCCCUUUGAAGUGUCCUAAGUACCGUAUUGGCCUGAAUAUAAGCCUCACUCUCCCCCCAAAUUCUGACUGAAAAGUUAAAGUGUGGCUUAUAUUCACGACCUUACAGUAUGCAGCCAGGAGCAUGGGGCAAACGGUUCCAGGAGUGUGGCAAAGCUGCGCCCAGCUCAUGCAUAGUUCCCCCAUCCUCCCCGCAAGGCCGGGAAGGGAGAGAGUGAGGAAGGAAGGGGAAAGGCUCCCCCUCCCAAGUAUGCAGCCAGGAGCAGUGAGGAAUGGAGCAGCUUAUAUUCGGGUAUUUUUUUCCUUUUUUUUCCUCCCCCCCCCAUUUUAAAGGUGCGACUUAUAUUCAGGUGCGACAUAUAUUCGGGUCAAUACGGUAAUAGUCUGCAGAGCCUCCUUUAAUAGGUGGAAAAUGCAUCCCAGAGAAAUUCCAGAAAAGAUGUUUGCUUGGCUUUGUCAGAACUGAGAGUACGUAACUGAGUUGUGUCUUGUAGCAACCAAAACAAGCAUCUAGUUAAGACUCUUAACUGGAGAAGAAUAGCUCUGUACUGAAGGAGUAGAUUCCUCUAAGGCAGAGGCUUCCUGCACUGGCAUAGACUUCCCCAACCUUUGGUCCACAAGGGUUGCUGCACUACAAACCCUCUCUUCCCAGACCAACGGCUACGGAUGAUUGGGGAAAACUGUGCUUAUCCCAUACUUGUGAAAGUGUAGUUCACACCUUUCACCUCCAUAUCUGAGGGAAAAUAAUUCCAUGAGUCAAGUGGCUAUAUGUACAGGCCUUCAUGUGGAUUGUGCACAUUGCGCAUUACAUCCUAUGGCAAUCCACAUGAACACUGCCUAGGUGAGUGUCUGAGUGUCCUUUCUGUCAUACCUUCAGCAAAACUAGGACUAGUAUUAAAUAUGUCAAAUAUUGCCUGCUACAGUGGUACCUCAGUUUUCAAGCGUCUCGAAAGCUGAACGUUUCGGUUUUCGAACGCUGAAAACGUGGAAGUAAUUGCUACCGUUUUUGAACGCGCCUCGGAAGUCGAAUGGCUCCCGCUGCGUGCUUUUCAGUUUUUCCAGUUGAAUUUGCAGUCAGCCCUUUGCGCCUCAGUUUUCAAAUGUUUUGGAAAUCGAACGGUGUUCCGGAACGGAUUACGUUUGAGAACCGAGGUACCACUAUAUUUGUAUUUACUUAUAUGUUAUCCAUUGGGGGAUUUCUAACUCUUGACUUACGGUGACGGCUUAGCAAGCAGGCUUCGGAGCUCCGCAGAUAACAGGACUGUAAUUAGCAUUGACUGCCACCCAGGGAAGUAAUUUUUCCUUUUUUACUUCUCUACUUUUUAACUUACUGAGAUUCUAACAGCACCUUCUUGUCUAUGCUAUGAGAAACAUCCUGGGCAAGUUCUGUGAAGCAUCCUGGGCAGGCCGCCAGCUGCUAGCUAUUAACCGCCAACUCCCUUCUAUACCUUGUUCCUGAAACUCCUGGCAGCCUCCACACAGAGAAGCUCUUAAAUUGAACAAACUGAGCACUUUCUAACUCUUGACUUUCCUUCUUGCAAGAGCGAGUUGACAGGAUCCCAUGGAUUGCUCCGGAGUGUGUCAAAGACGUAAACAACCUCAGUACAGCAGCUGACAAGUGGAGCUUUGGUACCACACUGCUGGAGAUAUGCUUUGAUGCGGAUGUGCCACUGAAAGAACGUACCGCCUCUGAGGUAGCAUCUGCCUCUGCUCUCUUUUUUGCUCCUUUAUUUAAAAAAAAUAUUAUUUAUUGAGUUUUUGCAUUGAUUAUUUGUAUACAUAUUCCUUUCGUUCUUCAAAAUACGUUAUCUUAUACACAAAUGUAAACCAAAAUAAAUCAAUACUUCUUCGCAGGUGACUUCCCUCCACCUCAUUGCGGCUCCUUACUUCUUCCUUAUCUUUUUAACUGGGUCCCCCCCCCCUCAUUUCACUUCUCUUACAUAAUAUAUGUUAUCUAUCUGUUAUUUACUUGGCAAAAAAAUUAGUCGAAACACAUCAAAUAUUGUUUGAGAACAAUGUUUUUCCAAGUACCCUUUAAAACAGUAGGACCUCCUCUAUCUUGCCCGCAGGACUUGGAACAGGGUGCCUGCAGAGAGUAGCUAACCUAUUCCAGAGCAUCAUCAAAUUCUGGGAUGUAUCUACUGGGCAGGAUCUGAGCUGUAACUCUUCCAUAGGAAUGUUGUGCCAGUUUGUUGUUGGGUUUGGCUUGCCCAGUUUACAGGUGCAUACUGUACUUUUCUGUCUAUAAGACACCCCCAUGUAUAAGACAUUGGGGGGGCUCAAAUUUAAGAAAAUUGGGGGGGGGAGAUGGGACAGAGUUCAGCUUUUUUGUGGAGGAUUGCCCAGAGUUGUUCAGAUUUUGGGGGGGAGAAUUCACCUGAGUCCUGCCGAACUGAAUAUCACUCACCCAACUGGCAGACGCUAACAAUCGCAAGCAACGAAAGCCAAAUUGCCAAAGCGGCAGCCAAUCAAAAGCAGCCCUUGCCACAUCCGCUAAUAACCCACCCAUUUGACAAAGCAGCAGCCAAUACAAAGCAGCCCUUGCAGCAGACACCAUUCACCCACCCAAUCGCUAGAUCCUGCUCGCGGAUGCAACUAAUGGCCCUCGCCCCUCAGCAGUACCCAUGUAUAAGACGACACCCCCACCCCACCCAAUUUUUUGCUUUAUUUUGGAGUAAAUAACCCUCGUCUAAUACAUGGAAAAGUACAAUAACUUGGGGGGAGAUCUUGAUUUCUACACCCAAAAGCAAAGCAUAUUCUGUGAGCAAAGCGCACACACUGAAUUAUUUAGCUCAUAGCUGAGCUGUGAGCUAGGAAGUUCCCCAGCUGUGAACUUGCCAAGUGGCUUGAGGCAAGCUGCUAUUCUUCCAUCCUAAUCAGCACUAGGGCGAUAGUAAUACCUUACAAGAUUGCUGUGAGGAUUAAAGUGCUUUACAUACAAAUAACACUCUUAAUUGUGCAGUGCUGUGCGUGUAUGCUCAGAGAUUAGUCCCAUUUAAUUUAAUGGCGCUUACUCUCAAGUAAGUGGUUAUAGGAUUGCAUAAAUGCUAAGUAAUAUUGGGUAGAGAAGCCUAAAAUUGCUGAAUUUACAUUUUGUUUUGUGGUUGUAAAUUUAGUUGGGAGUUGUGUGGCUUUUUAUUAUUAUUUUCCAUAACAUGCUGGGGGGAGGGUUGGUCAGGAACUAGAAUAAUGGAAAAUUAUGCAGGACUAGUGUGCUUAGAGCAAUUUUCAUGGCCAUAGAAAGCAAGUUAAUGGUUUUUCUUUUUCGUAGGAGAAUAUAGCGCCUAUAUUCUUGUCUGUAGUUUUUGCUAUCAUUAUUGUAUUUAUGUGAGGGUUUUUUGCUUCGUAUUUUUUCUGGUUUGGUAUUAUAUGUUCGUUUUAUUUAUUGUUUAUUUGUAUGACGCGUAAGUGUAAAUAAAGUAUUGGAAAAAAGCAAACAAGUUAAUGGAAUGCAGCUAUGCUCUUUCGAGCCUUAGGUUCACAUGUCCCAAUUUAGACAUAUCUGUAUGACCCAGAAAUGCAAACAUUUUCAACUUGUAAGCCUGGUGUUGCAAUGCAACAGACUCCUUUAAUUCAUAACUGUGUUCCUUUUUGCAGAAAGAGCGUUUUUAUGAGAAGAAACAUCGCCUUCCAGAACCAUCUUUCAAAGAACUUGCUACCUUAAUCAGCCAGUGCCUGAACUAUGCUCCUGGGGAACGGCCUUCCUUUCGGACCAUCUUACGAGACCUUACACAACUGCAGCCACAUAGUAAGGAUUCCAGAGGGCUCUAGGAUACUGAAAGAGCAGCUUUCAGACAUCUGAUAUAGUGUGUCCUUACCCCACCCCUCUCCCUGGGAGUCUCACAGUGCCAUAGAAGGGGUUGUCUGCAAACUGGGCCAGUUAAUGUGUGAGAAGAACAAACAAUCCCUUUGUUUGUGGCCUCAUCACAGUUGAUUCAGUUGGAGUACCAGUGAAGUCUGGGACUGUACUAAUUAAAGUGUAAAACUUUGUUAACACAAACUACAGCAUAAAAUACUGAAUUCGGAGCAAGAUGUAAAACUCAAGAAAAGAAAAUGUAAAAGUUAAACGGAGUGCAAAAUCAAGGUGACUGCACCAUACAAGUAUGGUAUAAGGCAGCAUAAGUAAACCUACAAUGAUCUCUUGUCAUGCAAAGGCACGCCAUGGCUCUAUGGGUUCCAGAACAGCAGACUGCAGACAUUUUGCUCCUCCCAAGUCAUUUUGGUGCUGUUCUGAGCUAAGCUAUUGCUUCGCAUUGUGUGUUAUCCAAACCUGGGUUCGUAGUUUAGUUAUCUCCAGACUAACCAUGAGCUGAGGGUUAAGCCACAGACCCUAGGACUUGCCAAUCAGAAGGUCAGCGGUUUGAAUCCCUGCGAUGCGGUGAGCUCCCGUCGCUUGGUCCCUGCUCCUGCCAACCUAGGAGUUCGAAAGCACGUCAAAGUGCAAGUAGAUAAAUAGGUACCGCUCUGGUGAGAAGGUAAACAGCGUUUCUGUGUUCUGCUCUGGUUUGCCAGAAGCGGCUUAGUCAUGCUGCCGGCUCCCUCGGCCAAUAAAGCGAGAUGAGCGCCGCAACCCCAGAGUCUGCCACGACUGGACCUAAUGGUCAGGGGUCCCUUUACCUUAACCAUGAGCUGUAAGUAACGCAUGUUUGUCCUGCAGUUUAUGGCUCAUGGUCUGGAUGACGCAUUUAGCUAAACUAUGGCUUGGCUCAGCACAGCAGCAGAGAGACAGGUGGAGCAAAGUGGCUAUAAUCUCUCUGGUUGCCCAGAGGUACAAGCCAUGGUUUGGUUUGGUUUGGUUUGGCUUGGCUUAUUAUAAUGUGUGAACCAGGGCAAAGAUAACCUAGGAAGCUGAUGGUUUGCUUAAAUGGGGAACAAAAAAAAUUAAGACAGAACCAAAAUCUUUCUCUGCUCAAAUAUAUCUAAGAUGAUCCAGUGCAUUUGUUUCCUUCCACUGGUCAGUGUACAUCUUGCCUGGUGUUUUUAGCUUCUUCCUCUUAUUUUUUCAGACCUCCUUGACAUCAGCUCUGUGUACACUGAAUUCCCUGUACCCGACCCUACUGUCUUUCAGAAGCGCUAUCUGAAGAAGAUUCGAGAUCUGGGUGAGGUAAUUCACCUUUGCUAGUGAAGCAUUAUCACUAAUUUCUUUACUUCAGUUCUCACCAAGUAAGAGCUGAAACUGAAGCUGAUGAACAAUGCCCUUUGUGAUUUAUCUGUUCCCGGCUGUACCAUUUCCAACAGCAAGUGUUGGAUCUUCUCCAGACUUCAAGAAAUAGAUCUUUGCAAACAAAACUAGUCGUCAGGGAAAAGUUAACACAAAGCCUCCUCUCUGACAUAGGGUUGUAUGUGAGACCUCUGGUUAUAGAGCGGUAUAUAAAUUCAAUAAAUAAUAAUAAUACAAUGCAUGUCUUUUUGUAAACUAAGAAAUCUUUAAUAAAUAUAUAUUUUAAAUAAAUGAAUGAUCCGUUUCAGUUGUAGAAAAAAAUCUAAAGGCAAAAAAUGUUGAUUCCCAACACACUUUAAGAUAACCUUUUCACAAGGAAAAUGUAGAAUUCAGUAGACUCACAAAUUGUGUGGCUGUUACUUUCUGGGGAAUUACACAUUAAACCAAAUUGCAUAUAGUCAAAACAACCAGCUUCUGAAAGGUAGAAUUGCUGGCACGAGGGUGACUCCAGAAGCCAUUCUUGUUACGUAGUGGGAUCCUAAGGAAAUAUUGCAAGGUUCAGAUUGGUUUCUGAAAUUCAGUACCGUAUUGGCCUGAAUAUAAGCUGCACCCAAAUAUAAGCCAAACCUUUAAAAUUAAAGGGAAAUUUAAGCCGCACUUCAACUUUUCAUGGCUGGAAUUUGGAAAAAAGGUGUGGCUUAUAUUCGGACCAAUACGGUAUUUGUCGUAUGUCAGCAUAGAGUUGGGAAGGCCUGGGGAAAAAAGCAGAAAAAUUGGGGGGGGGGGGGAGGACAACCAGGUUUUUUCCUGUUUUUCCCCAAAGCCUUUUUUUGUUGUUGUUUGGAAAAAAACGGGGGGAAACCUGCCCCCCCCAUUUUCCCGUCCCCUCCGCCCCAGGCCUUCCCAUCUCUCUGUCAGCAGAGCUUGUUAGAGAUACUGGGCGAAGGUGGAUCCUGUUGUCAGAUUAAUCCCUGCACUGGUUUGUGGCAAGAUACUGUUCUACCUGAGAGUGUUAUUAGUCCACCUUCUGGAAAAAGUGAUGUAUGCCAGCCAGGUGCAGUGAAGGCUCUAACAGGAUAGCAGCUAGAAUGAUUUGCCUUUUGAAAUAUCUCAUUCUUGGCUUGUUUGUUUUUCCUCCUUUUCUACUAGGGUCACUUUGGCAAAGUGAGCUUAUACUGCUAUGAUCCCACCAAUGAUGGUACUGGUGAGAUGGUAGCUGUGAAGUCAUUGAAAUCAGGCUGCAGCCAGCAGCUGCUGACAAGCUGGAAGAAAGAAAUUGACAUCUUGAAGACCCUCUACCAUGAGAACAUUGUUAAAUACAAGGGCUGCUGCAGUGAGCAGGGUAUGGCAUCUACUGAGUUGGCACCUCGAGGGCUGGAUGGCAGUUGAUAGGAGUGCCUUGUGGGCAGGGGAAGAGAGACAGGAGAUGACAAAUGGGAUUGUGCUUUCAUCUACCACAUUCCUUUCUCAUAGUUACCCUGAGAACUUCCAUAGGUACAUAGGAAGCUGCCUUAUACUCAAUCAGGUCCAUCUAGCUCAUUGUUACCCACACUGACUGGCAGCAACUCUCCAUGGUUUCAGGCAGGAAUCUCUCCAAGCCCCACCUGGAGAUGCCAGGGAGUGAACCUGGGACCUUUUGCAUGCAGAGCAGAUGCUCUAUGGCUGAAGUAUGGCCCUUCAGGCAUAGAGCAUAGAUCUAAAUUUAAACAUAAAUUAUCUUCACUUUGAACCCCCCUCCCACAGUCAUCAGUAUUCUAACACUUGAUCCAUUGAUAGCAUAAGAGGAAAAAUGACUAUUACUCAAACUUCGCUGCGAGAAGCCAAGUUACAGGGAACCAGGCCUUCUCGGUAGUGGCACCCGUCCUGUGGAACGCCCUCCCACCAGAUAUCAAAGAGAAAAACAACUACCAGACUUUUAGAAGACAUCUGAAGGCAGCCCUGUUUAGGGAAGCUUUUAAUGUUUAAUAGACUAUUGUAUUUUAAUAUUCUGUUGGAAGCCGCCCAGAGUGGCUGGGGAAACCCAGCCAGAUGGGCGGAGUAUAAAUAAUAAAUUAUUAUUAUUAUUAUUAUUAUUAUUAUUAUUAUUAUUAAUUGAAGCACAACCACAAGGACUCCUGAUUAGGCAUUUGUCUGUGUGAUGUCGAGUGUUAUUCAUUAACUCUCUUCUUUCCUGUUUCCUCUUUGUUAUUGUCUAAACUUUAAACCAAUUCAUGGACCAAGAACUUAGCAUUGUCUGCUAAUAAUGAACCUUUUGUUACAGAUAUUACUGCAAAUUUAUUAUGCUAGUUUUGGGAUAUACAAAUGACGUGAGAAGGAUUGGUCGAUUUAGUUGUAUCAUUUAUUAUUCUUACGAUCUUUGUUUAUCCAAGGAAAAACUUAUUAAAAAAAAAAAAAAUCCCAGUCCAACCAUGGUUACACACUGCGGCCUUGAAUUGGUCUCCACCUGCUGUUUUCCUUCCCUAUAAGUGAUACCUCCCAUGCCAGAGCUUCUAUAGAUAAUGAAAUGUGGGAAGGUAAAAACACUUCCUUUUGGAGUAAUAUCAUUGUUGGAUUUUUUUUCUCCCCAACUCUAGGGGAAAAGGUUGUGCAGCUUAUCAUGGAGUAUGUGCCUUUGGGGAGCCUGAGAGAUUAUCUCCCCAAGCACAAUGUCAGCCUGGCCCACAUUCUCCUCUUUGCCCAGCAGAUUUGUGAGGUAAGGUGUAUCAGCUUGGGAUGUAAAAAUUAAUGUAGCUGCUGGUACAGUGAGUAUUCCUUUGUUUUGGGAUUAUUGGUCGAGUUCUAGAAGAGGCAUCGACUCCUGUGGUUGAAAUAGGCUAUGGGGUUUGUUUAAAUGGCUGCUCCUUGGCUCUGGGAAGAUAAAUGUGUACAGUUAUGAUUGUCUUUCCUCAAAAAGGAUAUGACAGAGCUGGGGAAAGUUCAGGGGGAAAUGGGAACCAAAAUGAUCAAGAGUGUGGAACAACUCCCUUACGAAGAAAGGUUACAAUAUUUGGGGCUUUUCAGAUUAGAGAAAAUGUUGGUAAGAGCUAACAUGAUAUAAAUGUAUAAAAUUAUGAACGGUGCAGAGAGAAUGGAUAGAGAGAAGGGACCUCUAAUGAAAAUGAAUGCUGGGAGAUUCAAGGCAGACAAAAGAAAGUACAGUUGUACCUUGGUUCUCGAACGCCUUGCGACUCAAACAUUUCUGGACGCUGCAAACCCGGAAGUGAGUGUUCCGGUUUGCAAACAUUCUUUGGAACCCGAACAUCCGACGCAGCUUCCGAUUGAGUGCAGGAAGCUCCUGCAGCCAAUCAGAAGCUGCACCUUGGUUUUUAAAUGUUUCUGGAAGUUGAAGGUAUGACUGUAGUACUUCACACACCACAUAGUUAAACUAUGGAAAUUGCUGCCAUAAUGAUGGCUUCCAAGCUGGAUGGCUUUGAAAGAAGAUAGAUGAAUUCAUGGGGGAUAACUAACUACAGUGGUACCUCGGGUUAAGUACUUAAUUCGUUCCGGAGGUCCGUUCUUAACCUGAAACUGUUCUUAACCUGAAGCACCACUUUAGCUAAUGGGGCCUCCUGCUGCUGCUGUUCCGCCAAAGCACGAUUUCUGUUCUCAUCCUGAAGCAAAGUUCUUAACCCGAGGUACUAUUUCUGGGUUAGCGGAGUCUGUAACCUGAAGCGUAUGUAACCUGAAGCGUAUAUAACCUGAGGUACCACUGUACUGACUCUGAAAGAGAUGUUUUUCCUCCACUGACAGAGGCAGAGAUGCUUCUGAACACCAUGCAAAAGGGUUUGUGCUGCUUGUGGGCUUCCCAUAAGCAUCUGGUUGGCCACUGUGAGAACAGCAUGCUGGACCAGAUGGGCCACUCACCUGGUCUAGUAGGCACAUAGGCUAAAAUUCAAAACCGGGGCCUCUGAUUCAGAGUAUAGUCCUGGGUGUUUGUCUUCCUUGCUUGCAAAGCUGGUGGGGAAUAACACCAUAUUUGCUCUUUGCAGGGAAUGGCUUAUUUGCACUCGUUACGCUACAUCCACAGAGAUCUGGCAGCCAGAAAUGUGCUCUUGGAGAAUGAGAAUGUAGUGAAGAUUGGAGACUUUGGUCUUGCUAAAGCUAUCCCUGAAGGACAUGACUAUUACCGUGUCUGUGAAGAUGGAGACAGCCCUGUUUUUUGGUAAGAGAGCGUUCAUAAAAUGUCAUGUCUCUCAGACAUUACAGGGGUUUUGACUGCAUUGUAACUCAAAAUCAAGUCCUGAGGUGGGGCAAGAUGUUAUUCUGAAUACUCCCAUGAACACCCCCAAGCUCUUGAAUGGCAGUCUCUAAGAGAAUUUGCUGUCUUUUUACUUUAUCCUUUCUUCUGGUUAAUGUUGCAAUAUGUUUAGCUUUUCGUGAAAUGGUUGACACUGGAGGAAAUGGCAGCACUUGUGUGCUUCUUCAACUUCUAUGGGAACACCAAAAAGCAUAUCUUUAGAAUAAGGGAAGAAUGGAGAUAAGUGAAUGUUAAAAGUACAUGCCCUCUUUGUGAGCUUUUAGAGGUAUAUGUCUGGCUGCUGCUGGAGACUGAGAAAUGGAAUAGAUGACCUGAUUCAGCAAGGUGGCUUAUGAUACCUGCCUAGCUAGCUAGCUGGAAGCCAUAUCUAAAUAGAACUUGCAUGUUCAAGAGGUAAUAUUAUCCACUGGGGAUAAAAAGAUAAUCUUCAUUCCCUUGUUGUGAGUUUUUCUAAAAGUAUUGAACAUGUUCCUGUUGGAAGAUGGGUUGCUGGACUAGAUGAACCUUUAUUUGAUACAGCAAUGCAAUUUUACAUUUUUAAAAAUUUUCUGUUCAUCGGCUCUGUUUUCUUGUUUUUCCUUGUGCUGUAGGUAUGCUGUGGAGUGCCUGAAGGACUGUAAAUUCUACUGUGCUUCUGAUGUUUGGUCCUUUGGAGUUACUUUAUAUGAACUCUUAACACACUGUGAUUCUAGUCAAAGCCCCCCAGCGGUGAGUCUGAUUGCUGGGCAUACAAGGGAGGUGAAAGCAUUUGUUUAGCAGUGCUGCAAUGUGCAGGGCUCUUAAGUCUACAAAUAUCUAAUGUGUGUUGGAACACAUUUAGAUCACUGCACUUCAGGAGACUGACUAUGCAGUUUCACUUGCAGUGCAGUAAUCCAGGGUGCUUUGACUCACACUGGCCCCGUGGCUAACUGCAGUUGGCACAGAGCCUGUGUACAGCAAUGUUCUGACAAUACUUGCCUUACCAUAGUUUGCUUCCUGAUUGGACUUUACUGUGGGUUUCUGUUAUAGGCCCCUGUAGGGAUGGCAGAUGCAGGGCGCAGGGCACCCUGCCACAGCGUGUCUAGCUGCCAUGACCUAUCUUUUACCUUUUGUCUCUUUUGCAAUGUGCUGUGCGCUGUCCUUGACCUUUGCCUCCUCUGCAAAAGGCCCCCUCUGAUGGGAACAUGACGUGGUGGAACAGGUUGCGCAAAUAACAGGGCGACACCCAGAGAGCUCAUGACUGGAGAAGUUAAAGGGCAGAGUCUGGAAUGUGUCUGGUGGAUUUUGCAUAUGCUUGCUAAUAAAGAGCUCUGUGAAGCUCGUCAGUGUGUGGUACACAGCCCACCUGCACCAGCAACGCCUGUCUCGCCUCCAUUCCUUCAGACCCCUGUUCCCUGCACCCACCUGGUGGCAUUGGUGGUGGGGGCUGGGUUGGCACAGUGGGUUUUGUUCAUCCUCCACACCCCAGCCCCAGGCACUGAUGGAGGAUGCAACGUCGCUGGGUGGUCUCUCCUUCCUUGGAUAUUUUUAAGCAGAGGUUGGAUGGCCAUUUGUCAUGGAUGCUUUAGUUUAGAUUCUUGCAUUGCAGGGGGUUUGUUCUAGAUGAGAGUCCCUUCCAACUCUACAAUUCUAUGAUUCUAGAUGACCACAGUGGUCAUCAAAAAUCAUAGAUCAUGGGAGUCUCAUUCUCUUAUCAACUGAGCUAUCAAGCAGCUGGCUGGUCCACCCAUUGGUGGAGCUGACCAUGUGUGGUAUGUGUAUGUAUCUCAAUGGCAUCUCCCUGUCUCUUUCUCAAAGUGCUCAAUAACAUAUUUUUCCCUGUUGUCUUAGAAAUUCAUUGAGAUGAUCGGAGCAACUCAGGGACAAAUGACAGUGCUGAGGCUUAUAGAGCUACUGGAUAGAGGGAAAAGGCUGCCCAUCCCAAAGGACUGUCCUUGUGAGGCGAGUCUGCUUCUCCCUUUCUUUCUUCUCUUAUUGUUCUUUCUCUUUUUAUUCUGUGUGCUGUUCUAAACCUUUGCCAUUUUCUACAGAUUUACCGUCUUAUGAAAAACUGUUGGGAAUCGGAAGCUUCAUUCCGCCCGGCCUUCACAAACCUUGUGCCUAUCCUCAAAGCCUUCCAUGAAAAGUACAGGGCCCAAGCCCCCUCCGUUUUCAGCGUGUGUUGA